AUGCACGGAUACAAGUACAUCGUUGGAGAGAACUCUGCUGAUUAUAGCGUGGCUUUCGGGUUUGGUUUUGAUCAUGUGAGCAGUGAUUACAAGGCGGUGAGGAUUGUACAGAAAAUCAAUGUGAUCAACGUGAUCAAUCGAGUUGAGGUGUAUUCACUCAAGGAGAAUUGUUGGAAGGAAAUCAAUGCGGAGUUAGAUUUCGGACUUAUCGAUAAGCCCCGUGGUAAAGUAACUAGUGUGAAUGGAUCGAUUUAUUGGUUAGCACGAAAGAGAAUGGAUGACUUUGGGCUUGUGGUGCUUUCCUUUGAUGUGCAAAGCCUGAAAUUCGGCACGAUUCAGUUUCCUGAUGAUCUCUCUGUGUUGCCUUUCUAUUGGCGGAGAAAUUACGAUGAGUUUAGCGUUUUGCAGUUUAAGGAAUAUGUUGCCCUUUGUUAUAGUUUGGAUCUAGGAGGAUGCGUGGUGAUUUAUACGCUGCUUGAUGGCAAUUGUUGGUGUAAGAAUAUGAUUGUUAGACGUUUAGAUUAUUUAGUAGGAUGUUUGAAGACGGGUGAACUCAUUGGAUUGAAAUAUCGUUAUGAUGGUCGGAGAAACGGGUAUCACGAGGAUGUAGUCUUAUAUGACUCGGUGAAUGAUGUGGCGAAAUCCAUUCAAUCAAUACUGAAGGGAAGGAGAACGCUGUACCAUUAUACCGAGAGUCUGUUCGAUCUGAAUUAA